UUUACUCAUCACUAUCUCCAAACCCCUAAACUAAAACUCUCCCUGUUCAACAGUUCGAUCAAAAUCUAGGGUUAGGGUUUCUAUAUUCUCAAUAAUUUAGUAAAAAUGAGUUCAACAGGCGGCACAACCAAGGGAGGAAGAGGAAAGCCAAAGGCCUCAAAGUCAGUUUCCCGGUCACACAAGGCCGGAUUACAAUUCCCAGUCGGUAGAAUCGCCAGGUUUCUCAAGGCCGGAAAAUACGCCGAGCGUGUCGGCGCCGGAGCUCCCGUCUACCUCUCUGCUGUCCUUGAAUACCUUGCCGCUGAGGUGUUGGAGUUGGCUGGGAAUGCAGCGAGAGAUAACAAGAAGAACAGGAUUGUCCCAAGGCAUAUACAGUUAGCUGUGAGGAAUGAUGAGGAGUUGAGUAAGCUUUUGGGAUCCGUUACGAUUGCGAAUGGAGGUGUUUUGCCGAAUAUUCAUCAGACUUUACUGCCGAAGAAAGUCGGUAAAGGAGGGAAAGAUGAUAUUGGAUCUGCUUCUCAGGAGUUUUAGGGUUUUGUUUGGUUAAAGUUAGGGUUUCUACAGUUGUAUAAUAUCCUAUUUUGGGUCUGUUUUGGUUCUUCAUUUUAUCCCUACUGGAGGGAUUAUUAUGGUAUUUAUCAAGUCGUGUAGCUUUUAUAUUAAUGGAAACAAAAAGUUCUACAA